CUAACACAUGCUAAUACAUGCUAACACAUGCUAACACCUGCUAACACCUACUAACACAUGCUAACACCUGCUAACACAUGCUAAUACAUGCUAACACCUGCUGACAUCUACUAACACCUACUAACACCUACUAACACAUGCUAACACCUGCUAACACAUGCUAACACCUGCUGCCAUCUACUAACACCUACUAACACAUGUUAACACCUGCUAACACAUGCUAACCUCUGCUAAUACAUGCUAACACAUGCUAACACCUGCUAACACCUACUAACACAUGCUAACACCUGCUAACACAUGCUAAUACAUGCUAACACCUGCUGACAUCUACUAACACCUACUAACACCUACUAACACAUGCUAACACCUACUAACACAUGCUAACACCUGCUAACACCUGCUAACACCUGCUAACACCCGCUAACACAUGCUGACAUCUGCUAACAACUAAUGUUGUGACCACAAGUUAUUAAGGCAUGAGAGAGAAAGAUCACUAAGAUGUGAUACAAAUUAAUGAUCCUAAUUAUUAAUUAAAUACCUCUUCAACCAGCUCCUGGUGGAAAACGUGUGUCAGGUUUGUCAUGUGGUCACAUCUGGGAAUCAAACCAUCGAUCACAUAGCUGACAAUGACCUGACAGAGCAGGGGAAGACGCUGGUGAACCAGUGAGCUGCUCGUGUGGAGACAUGUUGGUGGACACAUGGUUCGUGACGUGUUGAGGUUGUUAACAGGGAAGUGAAGCUGCAGCUCAGUCGUCCUCGAGAAGACAUGAAGUCUGUGCCUCUGCUGCUCGGGCUGUCUGUGCUGCUGCUGUCUGGACGGACAGUUUCUGCAGUGUCUCUGAGUGUCAGUCCAGACCUCCAGCAGUUCUUCAGUGAAGACUCAGUGUCUCUGAGUUGUGUUGAAGGAGGACAGACAGGUGGACAGAUAAUGAAGAGGACAGCAGGAGGACAGACAGGUGGAUGUGGACAGAGCUUUGGGACGAUGAGUAGUUCGUCCUGCAGCUUCCCACAUUUAUCCUGUUCAGACUCUGGAGUUUACUGGUGUGAAACCAGCGAUGGACAAAAGAGUCAACAGGUCAACAUCAGUGUCCGAGAUGAUCGAGUUAUCCUGCAGAUCCCUGCACUUCCUGUGCACAUAGGAAGUGAUGUCACACUUCGCUGUAGAAGCAAAAACGGGUACUUUGAGACGGCGUACUUCUUCCGGGACAAUGUCCACUUCUCGCUGAAACUAAACGAAACGUGGACCAUCAGAGACGUGAGAGGGACGGACGAGGGGAAAUACUCAUGUUCCACUGAAACGUAUGGAUCUCCCUACAGCUGGCUCAGGGUCGCAGCUCCCCCCUCCUCUGUGAUCAGGCUCUUCUGCCUCCUGGUGGUCGUCUGUCUGUUCUGCAUCUGCUCCGUCAUCCUGAUGUCAUGGGGCUGCAGCAGGAUGACAGAAAACAAAUCAGCCGUUUCCAUGGAGAUGACCCCGUGUGUUGAAGAGUAUGAUGUCAUCACUGCUGAUGUCAUCACUCACCUUGAUGUCUGAGCGGAAGGCGUCGCUAUAGAGCUACUGUUAGCAUCACCAGCUGUUUGCUAACGUUAUCAUCACCUGCUGUUUUAUUAAUGAGUUAUUUGUUUUAAUUUCGGACAUUUUUCUUCGUGGUUUCUUUCUUCUUCUCUGCCGUCGACUGGACGCUCACUCCCCCUGAGGUUCAGACUGGUACUGCAGGAGGAGGUGCUGCUCAGCGAGCCUCCUCCUGUUCAAUCAAUAUUAAUAUUAUAUCGAUAUUUAAACUAAAGAACUCUAUAACAGAAGAAACAGGAACUUCCUGUUUUUGAUUCUCAGUUUGAACAUGUGACGC